AAUAAUCCUGGGACCCGGGUUGGCCGUUCGCAUUUGCAGUCACGCAUCAAGCGAUUAGGAUCACCUCUCUACAAAGCAUUCCGCAAUCAGCACGGAGUAGAAGCAUACACUUUGGAACCCCCCACCCCUCAUUUUUUCUUGUCGCUAAUAGUACCCCAUCCCCCGGUCAUGGCGGCGGUUCUGGACGCGUUCGCGUCCAAGCUGGCGAGCAUCCUAGCCGGCAUGGCGAAGGGCGAAGUGGAGAUGCUUCUUGGCGUACCCGGUGAGAUCACCAAGCUUGAGACCACGCUCGGCGACCUGAGCAGCAUUCUGGCAGAUGCUGAGAGGAGGCGCAUCCGUGACUCGACUGUGGAGCGGUGGGUGAGGGAGCUCAAGGAUGUCAUGUACGACGCCGAUGACAUCCUUGACCUCUGCCAGAUCAUGGAGGGCGGAGAAGAUCCCUCUUCUUCAGCUGCUGCUCGAAAAGCCACUUCAGGGUGCUGGAACAUCCCCGCGAUGUUCUUUUGCUUCCGCAACCCCGUGGUUGCACACGAGAUCGGGAAGAAGAUCCAAGCGCUCAACAAGCGACUGGAAGAUCUUGAGAAGAGAAGCUCCCGCUUUGGAUUCAUCAAGCAAGCAAUUAACUCCUCAGGUUAUUCCAUCAACAAUGCCAUCAAUCCUUGGUCCAAUAGUAAUACAAAGACUGGAUCGAUCAUUAUCAAGUCUGAUGUUGUCGGCGAGAAGAUCGAGGAGGAUACCAAGAAAAUCGUUGAUCUACUCAUCAGGAAUGUGGACUCUCGCGUAGGAUUAAAUAGCAACAAUGUGAUUGUUGAUCUUGCAAUCACAGGAAUGGGUGGGAUAGGUAAAACCACUCUUGCUCGGAUGGUCUUCGGUGAUAGUAGGGUGGAGGAGAACUUUGAGGACAGGAUCUGGUUGAGCGUUAACCAGGAGGUCAAUGAGAUUAGUGUCCUACAAAGUCUUCUAGCUUCUUUUCGUGCCAAACAUGAAGGCUUUGUUGGAAAUAAGGACUUGCUCGAGCGUGCUUUGAAGGACACGGUUCGGCAAAAGAAAAAGUUUUUGUUGGUGAUGGAUGAUGUGUGGAGCGAAAAGGUGUGGAAUGACCUGCUGAGAGUGCCACUCAGUCAUGGUGCUUCAGGUAGUCGUGUCAUGGUGACCACAAGAAACGAUGGAGUUGCUUAUGGGAUGAAAGCUCAACAUCUUCAUCGAGUUGACAAGCUGCAAACAGAAGAUGCUUGGAUUUUACUAAAGAACCAGGUAGUUUUGAAUGAGAGUGAUGAAGCUGAUGUCGAUGAAUUGAGGAGUAUCGGGAUGGAAAUUGUUAAAAGAUGUGACCGCUUGCCGUUAGCAGUUAAGGUCCUUGGAGGACUCUUGCGCUGCAAAAGUAGAACAAGAGAUGCUUGGACAGAUGUUACUAGCCACAACACUUGGUCGACAACAGGAAUCGAUGAAGAUAUUAAUAAAGCGGUCUAUUUGAGUUAUGAAGACUUGCCCUCACACCUGAAGCAAUGUUUUGUGUAUUGUUCGCUAAUCCCUAAAGGUAAAUUAAUAAUGAGAGGAACAAUGGUCCAGCUUUGGAUUGCAGCAGGUCAUGUACACAACAAGAUGAGCGCACCAGAAAAGUUGGCGAAAGAAUACUACAAAGAAUUGGUUUCAAGAAAUCUUCUAGAACCAAACAAAAAUUACUAUAGUAGAGCAGCAUGCAGCAUGCACGAUGUUGUCCGUUCCUUCACUCAGUAUAUAAUUAAAGAUGAAGGGAUACUUGUUAGUGAUGGGCAGGAUGUCAAUAGAAGUCUUAGCACUGCAAAGCUUCGGCACCUAUCUAUCUCAAACAAGGCAGUAGGGCAUGAUACUUUGCAAAAACAAGCCUUACUUAGAACAUUAAUGUUAUUCGGAAGCAGCACCAUUGUUGAGCUAAAGGAUCUGUUGAACAACCUUUCUUGCCUAAGAGUACUACAUCUAGAAGAUAUAAAUCUAGUCGAGCUGCCAGACUCCAUAUGCCACCUCAAACAUUUAAGAUCCUUGUGUCUUCCUGGCACAAGCAUAUCCACAAUUCCUCAAGGCAUAGGAGAUCUAAAAUUUCUACAAGCUAUUGACCUUCGUGGGUGUGCAAAUAUUCAUCAACUUCCUAACAGCAUCCUAAAGCUACGGAAGCUAAGGUCACUCAACUUGAACAACACGGCAAUCACUUCAGUUCCUCGUGGCUUGGGAAAACUCGAAGAUUUGGUCAAAAUAUGGGGGUUUCCAACACAUUAUUCAGAUGAGAGCACAGGUGGCUGGUGCAGCAUAGAAGAACUCAGACCUCUGUCGAAGCUCCAAAGCCUUGAAAUAAGAUGUCUGGAGAAGGCACCUUCCGGUUCUAUGGCUGCUAAAGCAAACCUUAGCAGUAAACAUCACCUGACAUGGCUAGAUUUGGUAUUUACCAGCAGGCUAGGAGACAACGGGGUGGUCGAAGGCAACAUUAGCGAGGAGGAACACAGGAGAACAGAGGAGGUGCUGGAUAAUCUGUGUCCUCCAACUUGCAUGGAAGAACUUGAUAUCAAAGGCUACUUUGCACGUGGGCUACCGCAGUGGAUGAGAACCAUGUCAGCCUUUGGGAGCUUAAGGCGGUUGGUGCUACAUGACCACGCAUGCUGCCCGCAUCUACCUAAUGGAUUGGGGCAGCUCCCCUUUCUUGAUUAUUUUUGGGUCAACCGUGCUCCGUCUGUCCAGUGCGUUGGGCAUGAUUUCCUCUUCCCCUCCUUGGGUGGUCAAGCCGAUGGCAAAGUAACACGGAACAAUAACAGGCAGCCUCAUCAUACUUCGCGUGGUGCUGGUGUUGCUUUUCCCAAGCUGAGAAAAGUGGGUUUUGAAGGCAUGCUGGGAUGGACGGAGUGGGAGUGGGAGCAUCACGUCCCAGCGAUGCCUGCAUUAGAGGAGCUUACAAUCAGAAACGGCAAACUGCAACGCCUUCCUGCAGGGCUUGCACAACAUGCAUGCCGGUUGAGAGAGUUGCGCCUGACACAUGUCCAUCACUUGGUCUCUGUGGAUAACUUCCCUUCACUAGUCAAGCUUUGGUCAUAUGACAACCCAAGGCUGGAGAGGAUCAGCAACAACCCAAGCUUGCAAUGGAUUGACAUUAGCAAUUGCCGAGCACUAAAGGAAUUGGAUCGUUUGCCAUCCUUCCGAAGCCUCGAGUGGUGGGAUUUCAGUGCUGAAGCACUCCCAGAAUACUUGCGAGAGGCAAAGCUAAAGAAAUUGCGUGUAGAUUGCAGCCGAAGAUUGCUCAAACUGAUAGCACUACAAGAUGAAUCCUCCGAAUGGGGAAAGAUCCAGCAUGUCCAACAAGUAAAGGCGUAUGGACACAAGAAAAAAGGAGAAGAUGAGGAUGCCGAGUGGUACAUCUACUAUACGAAGGAGCCGUAUUCAUUCGACGCAUACCUGGGCAAGUCCACGGGAUGAAGAUGAAGCAGAAGUAGACGAGGUGAACGAAGAGCAGAGUCCAGGAAUAGAACAUAGUAAGAAUGCAAGGAACAGAGGAAGCUCUCAGGCUGUUACGACAGGAGGAGCAUUCGAAUCCAUCCACCAAAUACUAGG